AUGAAAGAGCACCCGGAUAAGAGACGUCUAUCAACCAAUAAGCCUGAACUGGAAGUACAUAACAAAAGAGGACAUCACAAGGAUACUGAAACUCUAUUUGUAAAUCCCAAUUUAGAAGAUGAUGAAAUUAUAGACUACUUAAGGGAACCAAAUUCUGAUUAUUCAUCUGAAGAUAAUUAUUCUGAAGAGGAUAAGGUAAGCAUAGCAGAAGAGUUAAGUGAGGAUGAAUGGGAAGAUGUUGCAUUGCAUGAUAUUGUUCCCAUCAAGAUAACUUCGCAUCAAUAUCAGCUUUCAGCUGAAAGAAAAAGGAAAGAACGAUUAGCUAAGAAGGUAUCAGAGAAUAGAAAGAGGAUCAAUUAUAUGAGGAAAUUAAAAUUUUCUCUUCAUCUGACAAUGAUUCCUUUCAUGAUAAAUGUGUUACGAGAAAGAAUGAAAUGGUGUCAUGAUGAAAGGUUAAGCAAAAGGUUGAAAAGAUCUGUUCCUAAAGCCCUGUCUAAGAAAUUCAAAAAAUGGGGUCAAUUACCAAAUGAUAAGAGAGAGAAUAAUAUUAGGACACUUUUGUUGGGCUUGGUAAUGUGGUUUCGAGAUCACUAUAAGAUUAACUCCAAUGGGUUUAGGCAAAAUUAUUCAAGAUUACAUUCAUUGAUAAAGGAUAUUAACGAGAAAGAGACAUUUAAAUCAUCUAAAGAUAUUGAACAGUUAUUGAAGAGUCAGCAAAAAUAUUACGGUUCAAGAUUGCCAUUAAUAUCCAGAACAUUUAAAGAAGAUGUUCCAUAUGACGGAGUCAUUAGUCACAUUAGGUUAAUGGCUAAAAGGAAGAUGGCAGACAGAGAUAUAUUAACCAUAUUCUUUUUCACUAUUUUACAAAAUAUAAUUCCCAACGAAAAAAAUUUAUAUUUAUGCUUUGCAUUGCCUCUUAUGGAUUUUGAAGCAGUUGAAAAUGGCAGUAAUCAAGCGAAUAGCGUUUCAGAUACUGUACCAAAUCAGUUUGAUUCUGAUCUUCUACAGCCCUAUUUUUGGAUAGAGUUAAGAUUUAACGAAAAGUACAUAUUUGUUAUAGAUCCCGUGGUACACUUAAACAAAGAAGAGAUUGUGACAAAAUACAGGAUAGAUGAGUCAGUCUCAAUAUUUCAACCAAAUGAUCAAUACGGUAUUAAUUUUAAGCAAAGAUUCCAUUAUGUUUUAAGGAUGAAUUAUAAUUCAAACCAGAUCAAUGAUGUCUCGCCACGGUAUAUUCAAAACUUGUAUUAUCGAUACAUGAAACUACCACAUGACUCAGUAGUGAAAAAAUCGAGAAAUUACAUUUCCUACAUACAUUUUAAAAAAUGGUUAGAUAAGUUUAAUAUUUUGACCGAUGAUGAAUACGGAAAUUAUAAAGAUGGCCUAGUUAAUUAUGAGCAGAUGGCUAAAAAUAAUGUUAGUACACCCAAAUCGUACAAAGAAUUAAGAAAGUCGGAUAACUUUUUUAUUAAAGAUAUGUUACAGAUGAGGCAAAUAAUGACACCAAGUAAUGAAUCUCCUAAUUUAUUUAUAGCACUAGGUCGUCGUUCUGUUAGCAAAAAAGAAUUAUUCUGGAAAAAUCAAAUUGUGAACUUGAAAAGCAGACAACAUUGGUUGAUCUUGGGAAGGUCAAUCAAGCCUAACGAGGCACCCCUCAAACUGAAGAAAACGCGGAAAACCCCCAUAAGUAUGGCAUAUAGCAGUACGAAUGAGAUUAAGGAGUUAUUUUCUUGGGAGCAGACGGUUCCGUCAUUAAAAUUGAAAGGCACCUAUAUUGAUAGCUUCAACAUUAAAAGGAAAAUCACAGAUGUUUAUUUCUACAGGAAUAAAUACAAAAACGUAGAAAUUUAUAUGGAUUAUAACAAACCAGAUGGCUUCGAAUUUGUAAAUUUUAGUGAUAUACUGGACGUUAGGGCUUUAAUCAGAGAUUAUAAUAAAUCAAUUAAAAGAGACGAGACCAAAACCAGUAUAAAAUAUUUAGAUGUUGUAAAUGGGUUUGAUUUCAAGCAGAAGCAUGGCUAUGCUGUGCCUGUUAUAAACAAAAUUCUUGUGAAUGACCUUGAUUUUAAAAUAAUAACCAAACUGAUUAAGUGUCGUAGUGAGGUAAUUGGUCUUCAACAUUGGAUGAGUUUCAUAACCAAGUUACAAAUCAAGGAUAAACUGGACAAGAGUUAUGGACAUAUUUAA